AUGCCGGAGGAGGGAAAAUGGGAGAAACUAGCCCAAGUCAUCAGACAGUGGAACAACAACAGACUGGACCUUUUUGAAAUAAGUGAACCGGAUGAGAACUUGGAGUUUAAUGGUGUGAUGCGCUUUUACUUUGAGGAUCAUGUUGGAGGAAAUGUGGCCACGAAGUGCCUGCGUAUAUGCAGCAAUGCAUCAACUCAAGAGGUCAUUGAAAUUCUAUCCGAGAAAUUCAGGCCUGAUAUGAAAAUGCUGACAACGAGUUAUUCCCUCUAUGAGAUUCACACCAGUAAAGAGCGUAAACUGGAUCUGCAUGAGAAGCCUUUGGUUGUUCAGCUUCACUGGACCAGAGACAACAGAGAGGGACGUUUUGUACUCAAGAAAGACAAGGAAAGCUCUGAGGAGAACUGUCACGAGAAAGAAAAGGGAGGUGUGAUCCAAAACUUCAAAAGGACAUUGUCAAGGAAAGACAAAAAGAAGGAGAGCAAGAAAAAUAAAGCAGCUGGCAAGGAUUCAGGGAAUGAGAAUGGGUCAACUGAGACACUGCUAAACAACAACAGCAUUUGUAUGUCCGACUAUGAGACAAAGAAAAUACAGAAGCAGCCUGGACUACCUAUUGGAAUCAAAUUCUGUGACAGCUCUGAGGAGGCCUUCCUGUCUGCAGUCAUAAAUUACACCAACAGCUCCACAGUCCAUUUCAAGCUCUCACCUGCAUACGUCCUCUAUGCUGCGGGACGUUUCGCUCUGCAGAGGCAUCACAGGAGAAGCUCUACUACCACAUCACAAAGCGUAACCUCCAUCACAAACAAAAUGGUGGUCAUGACAGGGAAGGUCAUCCAGAGGCAGCAGACCAUCGCUGGCGCUCUUGCCUUCUGGAUGGCCAACAGCUCUGAGCUACUGAACUUCCUCAAGCAUGACAAAGACCUCAGCUCACUCACAAAGCAAAGUCAGCUGGAUCUGUCCCACCUGGUGCACAAAGCAUACAGUUUCCUGCUACAUUGUUUGCAGAAUGAGUUGAGGAAGCAUUUACCAACUUUUUUGAUUGAUCCAGAACAAUAUGGCAGACUUCCUGCUGGUAUAGAGAUGGUGCUGAACACCUUGAUGAACACCAUGUCUCUUUUACGCCGCUGUCGGGUCAACCCGGCACUCACCAUCCAGCUCUUUUCCCAGCUCUUCCACUUCAUCAGCGCCUGGCUCUUCAACCAGCUGAUGAGCCCAGGGACCAACAUACCCGGCCUGCGCUCUCACUACUGGGGAGCUACUCUUCGUCAAAGGCUCACAGCUAUCGAAGCCUGGGCGGAGAGGCAGGGACUGGAGCUGGCUGCUGAUUGCCACCUUGGACACAUAAUCCAGGCAACCAUGCUCCUGACCAUGAAUAAGUACACAAUACAAGAUGCGAAGGACGUCCAGAGUGCCUGCUUUAAGCUGAACUCACUGCAGCUGAAGACUCUACUGGCUGGAUACCUCUGUGCAACUAAUGAACCUCACAUUCUCCCUGAUUUGAUCGAUGUUGUAGUGACGGCUGCGGAGGCCUCGGCAGAUAACCUGAUUCGGAGCGAAGGACGGGACAUCCAGCUGGAGGAGAGCCUCGACCUCCACCUGCCCUUCCUGCUGCCGGAGGGUGGAUACUCCUGUGACACUGUGAGAGGAAUCCCCACAGGGUUUAGGGAGUUUUUGGAGCCAAUCUGUCGGAAAGGCCUCUGCUCUUUGAUAUCCCAGCCAAACUCUAAAGGUGACUGGACCGUGUACUUCAAUGAGCCAACUUCCUCUGCAGAAGGCACAUAUUUAGCAGCACACAGAGAGCCAGAGGUUGUGAUAAUUACACUCAACAAACCUCUGAACAGUGGGAUGGGCAUCAGCAUUGUCGCUGCCAAGGGAGCAGGGCAGGGUAACCUUGGCAUUUAUAUCAAAUCAAUUGUCAAAGGAGGACCGGCUGAAAUGAAUGGCAGGUUAACAGCUGGGGAUCAGCUGCUGAGCGUGGAUGGUCAGAGUCUGGUUGGCAUCAGCCAAGAGAGGGCAGCAGCCAUCAUGAUGCAGACCGGCCCUGUUGUGACCUUAGAAGUUGCAAAGUUUGGAGCGAGCUACCACGGCCUGGGGGCUCUGCUGAAUGAGCCAGUCUCAGAGCAGACUUCAUGUAAAUACAUAAAAGCUUGAACAAAUCUUUACAGUGUUGUGGAUCCUGGACCCUCAGAAAUGUUGCAUGGAGGCUGCAGAAGGAAAAAAGAGCAGAUGAUGCAGAGGAACAGACAACUUUACCGAUCCAAUCCCAACAUGACUGAUUUUGCCCCAGGAGACGGCGAUGAAACUUUUGACCCUGUUGUGAGAGAGAACCUUGCCUCUGUUUCCAGUGUCAACUUGUGUACUGAAACCUAUCACAGGGAGUACUUGACACUGCCAACCCCUAAGUCCCAGGACACAAAUAUGUCUGAAUCAGGACGACAGCAGCAAACAAUGAAAGUUUCUUUCAGGCCUCUUGAUGGACAGAGUGCCAAUAAAAAGACCUUCAUGCGUCAGGCUCUGUCCCAGGAGAACUUGUGCAUGGACAGUGGAGGCCCCCUGCUGGACAAAAGGCAGAGCUUGUGGGAGCAGAAAGAGCAGCGUGCAAAGCAGACCAUGAGCCACUACUCAUCUUUUCCAAUCCGCUCCAGUGUUUCCUCUCACGACAUCCUCUCAGACAGUUUUUCUUCCACCAAACAACAGCAGAACAGCCGCACAAGCAGCGCCGGUGUUUGGAGAACCCCCUUUUCACAACAUCCAAUGCCUACGCCUUCAAUCCAGCCGAUACGCAUAGACAUCCCUGUGACCAGAGCAGUGAAUACACACUCAAACCCUCCUCUCACCACCUUCCAGAGCUCGUCUUUGCUAGCACUGAAGAUGAGUCAAACUCUCAAAGUGAAUGGAAAGAGCCCUCAAAAUCCAGCUAAUGAUAUUUAUGCAUGUCCCAUUCCUGCUAUCAAGAAGCUACCUCAGCCCUCUCUUCAGCCUCAGCAGCAAAGAUCCACCACAUUCAGAGAUCCUGCAGCGAAACCACAAGUAAGCAUCACACCAACAAAACAUGUCUCCUUCCAAGAACCUCCCACUCAGCAGAAGCAGGGGCCCACCAAACAAAAAGACCCCCUGGAGCUGUCUGACCCAUGGAGGAGGGAGGCUCAGGAGAAGCUGGAGAAGCAGCAGAGGCUUCAGGCCGUGGAACUCCUGGAGAAGGAGGUGCAGGAGCUCCAGGCUAAAGUAAAGCGCUCAGCAGAGGAGAACGACCGGCUCAGGAAACUCAGCCUGGAGUGUCAGUUUCAGAAGAGGCUCCAGGAGAUUCAGCAGAGAGCAGAGGAUGAGGAGGAGGAAGAUGAGGAUUUGGACAUGAUGGUAAUGAUACAGCAGCUAGAGAGGAGGACACAGAACGGGAGAAACUCUGCUGGUAAUGUCAUCGCUAGACCUAAAGAGUUGGAAAAGAAGGCAGAAACUCAUCCGUCUCAACAGAAAGACAAGGCAAAAACAGAUCAAAGACCAAGUGGACAGAGUCAAGAGUUUAACAACAUGGCACCAGAAGAGUGAGUUUAAAACUGCUGAAGCCAAACAUUGAAAAUUAAAUCCACAUAAUGCAGCUAUUUCUUUUUUUUUUUUUAUUUAACCACACCGUAACGUUCAUGCAUAAGUUUUUUCAUGUACUCCGUUGUAAUUCUAAAACAGUGAGAUGUUUUUGUAAUUAAAUUCUUCCAUAAAGCUUUUAAAAAGCUUUCAAAAGAUCCCUGAGUAAAAGAAAUCUACAGACUACAGUAUUACUGCAUUUCUAGACAGCACAGCAACCAUUUGUGUCCCAGAAACUCAAUCCCCAUUAAAUAUUCACUAUUCAAGUAUUUGUGAUAAUAUUUUUGUUUGUUUACAGGAAUCAAGAGGAGGAAAUCAGGAGGGCAUCAGCUCCAGAAAAACUCUCGUUCAAAGAACGUCAGCGACUCUUUUCCUUGGCAUCCAGUGCAUAAAAAGAGGUUAAAAGGCUGCACAAACCAAGAAUAUUAGAUAUAAUGAUAACCAUAAAGAUAUAACGGUCUACUCUGGUGAAGAAUACAUUUUGAAUACAGAAGAAUCCAACACUGUGUAGCAACAGCUGUCAGCCUCUGAACACAGGUUUAUUCAUACUUUUCGUAGUCUGUCCAUGGUAUCCUGAUGGGCAUUAGUGCAAAUUUUGGAGACCCAACAGCACUUAAGACUGUUUAGCCAAAUUUCUUAAGUAAAAUUAUACUUUUUAAUAUGAUGCCUGAUAACAUGUGAUGGAUUUAUUCAUAACUGAUUGUUAUACUUUUAGAGUUAUUGUUAUGGGUUUUAUUUUUGUUGUGAGUUCUUUUAAAAAGCCUUUAAAACAGGAAACCUCAGGGGAAGAAUAUGAAUAAUGAUGAUGUGCUAGAAAAGUUAAUAACAUACAGUACCAUGUAAAAAGGCAGCUUAUAUAUGGCGUUUUAGUACUAUUGUUUGUCUUCAUGAAUUGUCUCCAGCAUACACUGAGGGUUACUGCUGUUUUCAGGUCUAGUGAUGCUAGGACAUUCAAGUUUUAUAUUUAUCAGCUCGUUGAACUUUAACUCCGACCUUAGGUAAUAAAAUAUCGAUGAAGCAAA